GGCUCUUAUGUGUAGGGUCCCUUUUUCAACAGUGAUGCAGGGUCCUGUUUCCAGUUGUCAGGUAGGGAUGCUGUGCAAACCAUUCCUUCGUCUGUCCCAGGCUUAUGAAGAAGCACUGACUUGCUGGCUUCCAGGAACCACGGUGCUGAAAUGGAACAUAUAUGUUGGAUUUUUUUUAUUUUCAUAGAGAUCUAUUCAGCUGGAGCUCAGUUUAAUGGAUACAACUGUGAUGCCAACCAUCAUAGUCGCUUUCCUGCCGAGAGGGAUAUCAGUGUGUACUGUGGGGUUCAGACCAUCACACUCAAGGUCAACUUUUGCCCAGUUCUUUUCUCCGGCUACACUGAUUCAGACUUGGCUCUAAAUGGCCGCCAUGGAGAUGCACACUGUCGAGGAUUUAUUAAUAACAACACAUUUCCCACUGUUGUGAUCUUUAGUAUCAGCUUGGCAACGCUGGAGUCUUGUGGAAAUGCCCUGGUGGUGUCCACAGCUCAGGGACCCAAUGCUUAUGGGAAUCUGUCUCUGGUGCAAAUUGGACACAUAUCAGGGUAUAUUGACACCCCUGACCCCCCUACCAUCAUCAGCUAUCUACCAGGUUUGCUCUACAAGUACAGUUGCAGUUAUCCCCUGGAAUACCUGGUCAAGAACUCACAACUGGCCUCGUCAGCAGCUGCAAUCUCAGUGAAAGACAGUAAUGGUACUUUCAUCAGCACCCUGAAUCUGCUGCUUUACAAUGACUCAUCAUACAUUCAGCAGCUUGCCAUUCCUGUGGCAGGACUGACCCUGAAGACACGGGUGUUUGCAGCUGUCAAAGCCACCAACCUGGACAGGAGAUGGAAUGUUCUAAUGGACUACUGUUACACUACGCCCUCUGGAAAUCCAGAUGAUGUGCUUCGUUAUGACCUUUUCUUUAGCUGUGAUAAGGACCCACAGACCACUGUCUUUGAGAAUGGGAAGAGCCAAAUGGGCCGCUUUGCCUUUGAAGUAUUCCGCUUUGUCAAGCACAAGAACCAGAAGAUGUCCACUGUGUUUCUACACUGUGUUACCAAGCUAUGUCGAGCAGAUGACUGUCCCAUGCUCAUGCCAAUCUGUGGCAGCAGGAAAAAGAGAGAUGUCUCAGAAGCAAAACAGUCCAGCAAGUCAUCAGGAAAUGCUGUUCUGACUUCGGGGCCCAUCAUCACUCGAAGUGAUGAAACACCAACAAACAAGUCUCAGCUAGCCCUUCUGAACGCUCCCGAGUUUCAAAUGAACACAGUGACCAGCAUACUCAUCUCAGGAGUGAUCAUUCUGGGUGUUAUAAGCAUUUGCUUCUUCCUCUUCUCCCUCAUGCUCCUAAAAGGCAGAAGCUCUUCCGCCACUAGUGUGUCUGAUGUCCAAAAUGCAGCCUUCAACUGAGCUCUGGAACUCAGCUAACAACAGGCUCAUCUCCCAACGUUGAGCAAGUGGACACCAGAGAGAAGAUACUUUUGCAUGUAGUAGUUUAAAAGAAUGAUACAAAUGUUGAUUUAGAAAGAUGUUAUGCAUGAAAAUGAGCAUUAAUUUAGAGAUAUUGUACAACUUUGUAUAUAUCAUAAUAUGAUACCUCGGAUUUGCAGAUUCUUUAAUGUAUUGGGAUCAUUAAUGACAGUUCUGCAUCAUAAUUAUGGACUGUAUUAUUUACUAAACAUCAACCUCUUAAACAUGUAUAAAAUAGAAAUAUGCUUUACUGUCCCUUAGUGGGGGAAUUCAGGAGUAAAAGCAAUAAAGUGACAGGCAAAAUGGAUGUAUCCAGAUUCACACAAAGGUGAAAAUAUAAAAACAAUAAAUAAGAAUAAGGAGUUGUACAGUAAAGGUACAUUUACAACACAAGAAAAAAAACCAAACGUAAGCCUUAUAUUAAUUACAGCCUAAACUGAACGGGUGUAUACCUCUGUCAAUGCCAAAACGGAUAUUUGAUUCAGAUUUGGUUUAAAAUAAUGUUGAUCUGCUAACGUUUGUCAGAUCUUACCAACAAACACACACGAGCUAGCUAAAGUAGUUUUUUAUAAGAGAAAACAAAUAAUUUAAUUAAUGAAGGGGGGAAAAAGGAUAUGCCCCCAUUUAAAAUUGAUGGAACAGUUGACUAAAGGGGUGGAUGUUGACCCUUGACAUAAAAUAUUUUAUAGGAGAAUUUAUUAAAUAUUUGUUUAAUCAUUUCUGUCUAAUUUUGUAAUGUUUACAUUCAUUUAAAAUGUUUAAUGCAGUGUGCUAGCCAUAAACCUUUCUAUUUUUACUUUAAACUGUAAAAUUAUCCAUUUAAUCAGGCAGCUAAGCUCUGUGAAGGCCUAUUGCAAUCGCUCCGUUUAUUAAGCCCGAGCAGCUAAGUGCUGCGAUGGCCUAUUGUAAUCACAGGAUGUCUUCACUUAAGGUGGCAAAAAAAGUAUAUGGGUAUAUUUAUAGCAGGUAUAUGGGUCGUAUGCUCUAUCUCUACGCCACAGCAGCAACCCCGCACAUUUUUUCUGACAUGCAUCUGGGCGUUUAUAUUUUUUAACACCUGUUGCCUACCGUAGCUCUGGCACAUGACAACAACAACACUAAUUAGAAAAGUAACGUGCUCCAGGUUUAUCACCGAGUGGAGGGAAAAUUUACCAAGCUCCAGUCAUGUAGUUUUCAAAACCUGCUGUGAAAAGGAAGAUUGGCGAUGAGCACAGACAAUUUCAGAAAUGGGAGACGGAAUAUUUUUUUGUUGAGCAAAGAGGCAUCCCAACGUGUCUAAUAUGCACAGAUAAAGUUGCGGCGCAUAAGGAAUAUAACAUCAGACGUCAUUACAAAAUUAUUGUCGAGGAGUAUGCUGAAUACAUGGGAAAUCAGUAACAGGAGCGGGUCACCAAACUUAAAACAUCUCUCCUUAGGCAACAAGAUUUUUUUAAGAAAGUAGGCAAAGAGAGUGAUAUUGCUGUCUAAGAUAGCUACGCGCUGAGUAAGAUGAUUGCUAAGCUAUUUAAAGAUGGUGAGUUCAUCAAACAGUGCAUGUUACAGGCUGCGAGUAUAGUCUGCGUAGAAAAAAAGGGUCAGUUCGGCAACAUCAGCAUUUCAGCCAACACGGUGGUAGAGCGCAUUUCAGACAUGUCAGAUAAUAUCUAUGAUCAACUGCGUGAAAAUGAUGAGAGCACAGAUGUCACUGAUGCGCAGCUCACAAUAUAUGUAUUUUGAAGUGCUGGAGGAGUUUCUCACAAUAAUUCCAAUGUAUGACCAGACCACCGGUUAGGAGAUAUUUCGCCAGCUGUGUGAUGCCAUUGUGGAUGCCAACUUACCAUGGCAGCAUUUUGCUGGAAUAACAGCCAACCGAGCACCAUCAAUGACGGGGAAGAAAAAUGGACUGGUGGCACUUGUUCAAACAAAACUGGAAGAGGAAGGCUUGGAAGAAGCCAUUGCUCUGCACUGCAUUAUCCAUCAGCAGGCUCUUUGCAGCAAAUGCCUGAAGUUUGACAAUGUGAUGUCUGAUGUUGUGAAGUUCAUCAACCAUAUAAGAUCCAGGGGUUUAAAGCACUGGCCGUUCCAUGCUUUUUUAGGGGAAAUAAAGUGAACGUAUGAGGAUAUGCCUUACUUCACAGAGGUACGUUGGCUUAACAGGGGGAAGGUUCUGAAGAGAUUUUUUGAGUUAAGGGCAGAAGUUACAUCUUUCACGGAAAGGGAUAGGAUGACUGUUCCUGGACUAAGUGAUCCCAAAUGGCUAAUGGACUUAGCUUUACUUGUUGACAUCACACAGGAGCUAAACAUACUGAAUAUGAAGUUACAAGGCCAGGGCCAACUUGUCAGUGCUGCCUAUGACGAUGUCAGAGCAUUCUCCAGAACACUUGUGUUAUGGAAAACCCAGCUUUCCCAGACAAACCUCUGCCAUUUUCCUGCAUGCAAGGCACUCAUGGAUUCUGGGACAUUUCAGGGUGGAAAGUAUGCUGAUGCCAUUGGAAAGCUACAGGAAGAAUUUAUCACAGAUUUGGAGACUUCGAGACACACAGUCACUUUUCAGAUUUUAGCAGAUCCCUUUUUCCUUCGAUGUGGAAGAUGCCCCCACUAUCACAGAUGGAGCUAACUGAUCUGCAGUGCAAUUCUGAACUCAAAGCAAAGUUUAGGGAGGUGAAUGGAAAAACAGACAAGCUUGAACAAUUUUUGAAAGCAUUGCCCCCCACCUUCCCUGGGCUUUCCAGGAUGUUCAAGCAGAUCAUGUCCAUUUUUGGCAGCACCUAUUUGUGAGAAAAGCUCUUCUCCACAAUGAACUUUAACAAGUCAAAGUUCAGGUCAAAACAUAAAGAUGAGCAUCUUUAAAGCCAUACUGAGGGUUUCAGUUGCUUCCUCCCUCAAACCAGAUGUGGCUCAGUUGUGUGAGAAGAAGCACUGCCGAGUCUCUGCCUGCAAGGACUAGGAAUAAGUAGAAGAAGCCUUUGUUCUGAAGAACUGUUCAUGUUCUGACUUGUUAAUAGUUAGUUAUUUUGUUAUUAUAAUUAAAAAGGUUUGCUCAGUUGUACGUUUUUUGGUGCAAUUCUUGAUGUGGCCCAGGCUCACCAGACACUACCUCUUGCGGCCCUCAUGUAUGCUGAGUUUGAGACCCCUGUCUUAGAGACUACAA